AUGAAUAUGAAACAUACAUUGAUUCAAUUAAUCGAUUUGCCCGACGAAAUACUUAUAUUAAUUUUUAAGACAUUGAAUAAUGUUGAUUUACUCUAUUCUUUAAUGGGCAUUAAUGUAAAACUUACUCAAUUUAUACGUGAUCCAAUCUUUACUAAUCGUUUGACAUUAUUCAGAUAUUCAUCAAAUGAUCUUAUUUAUCCACUAGAUAAUACAAUACUUGAUCGGUUUUGUUUACAAAUCUUACCUGAAAUUCAUCAUAAAAUCAAAUGGCUUAAUGUUGAACCAUUAUCUAUGGAACGUAUUCUACUUAUUACUAAUUAUUCUAAUUUACAUGGACUUGGUUUGUACAAUAUUGAAGACGAAACAUUUAGACGUUUAUUUGCUGGUAAGAAAUACGAUGAUUCUUCCAUCCAUCAAAAUUUAGAAGUAUUCGAGAAGUCCGAGUCUGAAAAUCUUGAUCGACCGGGUCCGGAUCCGGGUCCAAAAGAAUUAAAUUCACCAGGUUCGGGCCCAAAAAUUUUUAAUCAGUCGGGUCUGGGUCCGGGUCCAGAAAUUCUUGGACUCGAUAGUCUCUACUGA